AUGGGAUUGGCUUGGUGCCGAGGAACCAAACCAAGAAUGAUUGGAACCCACAUCACCCGUUUCUUGAAGCAGCCCCUGGCAUUACCGGGAGGAUGCCUAGCCGGGGUCCGAGAGGACUCUGAACAGCCUAGCAACUGUGGCAACUGGGGCACGCUAUGCCGACACGAAAGCGACGUCAUACCGGACAGAAAUACAGGUACGAAAGUCUUCGUCAAAGUCUUUGGCAUCCAACAAUGUUGGAUGAGUGGAACAGAAAGGAGUGGCACGGAAAGGGUUUUAGGGAACUAG